AUGGCGGUCAGAGCACUGCACUCCUCCAUCCACCCAACCUCCUUCCCACCAGCGAGUCGACCAGCACACAAUCUUCGCAGCUCGUCCCCUCCCUCUCCCGCAUUCGUCCAUUUAGAAUCCAAGCAGAGUUCCGCUGCCGUCGCUCCUCGCGUCCAGUCACGAGCCUCCCGUCAGCAAAGAGUCGUCCUAGCCUCGCAUGGCCCGUCAGCUGCCGGCCCGUCAGCAGCGGCGCAGUCACCACCACGUCAAACAACUCCUCAGCCGUCGGCGGCAGCGGAUCUGCCAUCACAUGUCUCGAGCCACGACAAGCUCGCUCGAGCUGCGGAAUGGCUGCGGAAGGCUGCGAGUGGAGCCGUCGUCGGAGCGGCGGCGGCGGCGGUGCUUCUAGUCGGGAUUCCCGCCCCGUCAGUUGCGGAGAGCUUGCUAAGCGGCGAAACGACGGAUGUGCUGAUGAGCGACGCGGCGAUGGGCGUGGAGGAGGAGAACGGCGUGCUCACUCUCAUCGUGCCCCGACCGCACAUCACUGGGGUGGAGGCGGCGCAGCGGACGAUGGUGGAGGCGUGGGGGAUCGUGCGCGAGGCGUUCGUGGAUCCCACCUUCAACCACCAGGACUGGGACCGCCGCCUCGCCGCCGCCAUUCGCGGCAGCGUCUCGGCGGGCAGCGCGGACGACGCGUACGCCCUCGUGCACGACAUGCUGGCGACGCUGGGCGACCCGUUCACUCGCCUGGUGUCGCCGAGCGACUACGACAGCUUCCGCGUGAGCAGCGACGGCGGUCUCGAGGGAGUGGGGCUGUUGCUCGCCUCCGACACCACUGACGGCCGCCUGCUAGUGCUCUCGCCCAUCGAGGGCGGCCCCGCGGAUCGUGCGGGCAUCCACACGGGCGACGAGGUCGUUGCGGUUGACCAUUCCCCGUUGAGCGGCAUGAGCGGGCAGGAGGCGGCGAACCUGCUGCGAGGCAAGGCAGGCACAGCAGUCACACUCACCGUGUGCCCCGCUAGAGCUGACGUGGACGGCUCUGAUUUGCCGGAGGGAACAACGGACAUCCUGUUGAGGCGCGAGCCAAUAGCGCUAUCACCAGUGUACGCGACGGCGCUGCCCCACCACACGGAGCAGGGCGCUCCCACCUCCACCGGCUACAUUCGCCUCGCCUCCUUCUCCCAGAACGCGGCGGAGGACAUGGCGAGGGCGAUAGAGCGGCUGGAGGGCGAGGGCGUGGCCAACUACAUCUUGGACCUGCGCAACAACCCCGGCGGCCUCGUGCACGCCGGGCUCGACGUCGCGCGCAUGUGGCUCGGCUCGGGUGCCACGCUCGUCAACACCGUCGACCGCACCGGCGCCGUGGAAAUUGUCGCGGGCGCGCUGCAUGACAACGGGCGGGCGACGCUGGUGGGGGAUACGACGUACGGCAAGGGGCGCAUUCAGACGGUGUUUGAGCUCACGGACGGGUCGGCGCUGUUUGUGACAGUGGCCAAGUACCUAUCGCCCGCCAUGCACGCCAUUGACCAGGUCGGCGUUGCUCCUGACCUCGCCUGCGCUCUCCCCACUCUGCAGCCGCUCCCCACCUCCGCCUCUGCUUCCGCUUCUGCCUCUGCCUCUGCUGCUGCUGUCGGUGCUCCAGGAGUGCUCUCUGGCCCCCUGGGUGCGGGGCAGCAGGAGGCGGCGCUGCCGGGGGGAGGGGUGGGGGGAGGGCGGGCGGUGGUGGUGGAGGAGGAGGUGUAUGGCGCAGAGCUGCAGCGCGACAGCUGUGUUCUUACUGCCGAGAGACAGCUCGACCGCCAUGCCUGA